GAUCUUUGGUCAGUGAAAAAAGUCUUUCUUUCAGACACAGCAAAGUUUGAAUGUGUAACAAAAGAAAUGAUGUUAGAGUCAAUGAAAGUAGAAGAUCUCAGUAUUGAUGGUUGUGAGGAGCUAGCUUCUUUAUGGCAAACAAAGUGGGGGUGGUUGGCAUCUUUGAGAUCUCUUCAUAAUUUAAAGAUUCAACAUUGGCCACAAAUUGUGUCUAUGGGAGCUGCAAAGGUGGAGGAACAAGCAGAGCUUGUGCAAUUAGACAUACCCUGCAACAUUGAACAUUUGACAAUCCAAGGUUGUGAAGGCUUAGAGAAGUUAUCAGCCACCUUGCAAAGCCUCAUGUGUCUUAGAAAGUUAGAGCUUGUGGAGUGCCCAAAAUUGGUUUCGCUUUUGACAGAUAACUUGCCUCCAACUCUUAAAAGUUUGAAGAUCCUCUGUUGUAAGAAUUUGCAAUGUUUACUGGACGACAGAGAGAAUAUCAAUUUCAGCGGCACAUCUCUCCUUGAAUCUCUUGAAAUUAGUAAUUGUGAAGCUCUAAAAUCAGUAUCAUCAAGCGGUAAGUUACCGGUGAGGCUUAAAUCUUUGAGAAUCUGGUGGUCAAAACUUGAUUACAUAGCACUUGAAAUUGGGGAUAAUAUUUGUCUUGAAUCUAUUGAACUCAUCCGGUGUACAAAUAUUAAAUAUUUACCCGAAGGACUGGACAGGCUGAGCCGUCUUCAAUGUAUUGACCUUGGAGGUUGUUCAAAUCUGGAUUGUUUCCCAGCAAGUGGCUUGCCUGCCUCCAACCUCAAAUCUGUGUCGCUCUCUGGAUGUCUGAAACUUGAAGUUCUGCCCAACUUCUACUCUCUUCAGGAGUUGUGGAUAAGUAAUUGUCCAAUGAUGAAAUCAAUUGGAGAAGCCGGUUUGCCUACCAACUUGACAUCACUUUUCAUGUAUGAUCCCAAUUUUAGUAAGGUAGUAAUGGAGUGGGGAUUGCAUAGACUCACCUCUCUUAAAAAACUUCGCAUUGAUGGUAGUGAUUUUAUAGAUGUCGUAUCGUUUCCACAUGUGAAGAUAGGAAUGAAUAUGAAGCUGCCCCCAUCUCUUACCCGUUUUGAAAUCAUAAAUUUCAAAAAUCUAAGAAAGCUAUCCUCCAAAGGCUUUCAAAACCUCACCUCUCUUCAAUUUUUGAGUAUUGAGAAUUGCCCAAAGCUCAAAUCCCUUCCCAAAAAGGAAAUGCUUCCCUCCCUUUUGGUGCUAUUUAUUUAUAAUUGUCCAGUGCUGAAGAAAAGGUACAGAAGGGACAAAGGAAAACUAUGGUCUAACAUUGCUCACAUACCAUGUGUACGCAUUGACAAUUAAUUUCAAUGAUCAAGUGAAGAAUAAUUAGAGCAUGUCUCAAGGACUCAGAUGUUUAACUCUAGAAGAGCGUUUUAUAGACAAGUCUCCAAUGGUGUUGAAGGAUUGUUGGAUGUGGCCUUGUCUUGUUUCGACAAGAGGAGACAGGAUUGAUAUUAGAAGAGGGAUUUCUGUCCAAAGGCUUUCAAAACCUCUGGACCGAAAAAAAUGUUAGUUCUCAAACUUUUAUCCUCUUGAUCACUGUAGGUAGGCCUACUAGAAAAUCUUCUUUAUCAUUAUAAUCUGUUCUCUUUUUUGAGAAUAGAAUCAUUACAUAUUUUUACUUUCAAAAGUUGAGUAAAUUUUUACCUUUAUUAUCUUAUAUUGUCACUUUCUUGGUAAUCUGCAUCAUGCUAUUAAUUUUCUUCAUUACCAGCUUUCAAAUAAUUUUGUGGAGUACUAAGUGAGAGAUGGUGCUGACUCCUGAUGCAUUCUUGAUGUUGGAAGCCAGGUAGUUUAAAGCUAAUAUCAUUUUUCAUAAAAUAUUUAUUGUUAAUUAAAAUGAAGAUCAUUGAAAUAAUGAAUGUCAUUGCACCAGAACAGAGAACUAUAGAUUUUUUCUAUUAAGAAUGUGCCAACAUGCUAUCACAGUCAAUAAAUCAAUUUUGUUCGCAUUAAUCAUUGUCUUUUAUUUUUCAAUUUAUGUACAUUGUUGAAAAGAAAGUUUUAAACUUUUUUUCUCGACUGGAACUAAUUCUAGAAAUCGAUUGUACAGUGAAGCAGGGGGGGAAAAGAGAAACUGGAAAAGAAGGAAAAAGAGCAACUUUGUUAUUCUGGCCCUGUUUCGUGGUUCAUAUAGAUUUUUUAUUCUGGUAUGACUUUUCUAAGGAAAUUCAAUGCUUUCUUUGUUUUGUUUAAUUGAUGAUGCUUACCUACAACCUGUAGAGCUUAUUUCUUUAGUUCUAUAUUGUUUUGACUGUUCUUGAAGUGAUCUUUAUUCGACUUUGUACCAUGUCUUUUGUAUGGUGGUGAAUCAGUUAUAAAAUUCAAAGUUUCUCCCAGGAAAGGAAUUCUGCUCCAUGUACGAGCUGUUUGAGCAAGGACUCUGCUCAGCCACCUUCAAGAUAGGACUUUCAAAUGGUGCUGAAGAUUGUUGGGAAGGAUGUAGAAUCUUUUCUACAAGAAAUAGGACUAAUGCUGCCCUGCUUUCGUUCCCACCUUGUUCAGCUCUUCUCGAGCAGAGCUGGUUUCUUGAAUUUGUAGCUAAACAUUGGUGACUGUCCCCUGCUGAAACAAUGGUUGUGUGGAUACUUUCAAUUCCAACUUUCUUGCCAUUUAGUAAAGAUUUUGCUCAAGAAAUGCAUUUCCAAUGGAAGCCAGGUAACUACAUAGUAAUAUCUUGUUUCAUAAAAAUUUCAAUUCGAAUGAAGAUCACCACAGUAUCUAACCUGUAUCCGAGGUUCAUAAUUUUGUAAGUCUUUGAGAAUUACUGUGUUAAAGUUUUUGUUACUUGGCCAAACAAUAUAAUGCUUUGGCGGCCUUGUAUGACAGGAUGACAAAACUCAUGCAUUCUAAAGCUCUCUCAGGAUUCAGUGACAGGAAGUUCUUCCGGUAGCAUUAUCUAACUGAUUUCAUCAAUAUGGUGGGCGUGCUACAUAUCAGAACUUCGAAGCAACUUUUAAUCCUCCAGGUUACAACUCGUUGUAUGUUUGGCCAUUGGUGGAUCUCUUGACCCUUUCUUCAAAACAAGUGAUGAUGUUGGGGAGACAUAGCCAGUUUGGAAGACUUGGUUGCUUGACACCUGCAUAGCUUAUGGCUGUUUGUAAAUGGGUGGAUAACCAAAAAAAGGAUGGGAAAGAGAUACCAUCUUUGAAUGAACAAUCAGACAUUGUUAUGGUGUUUGUGACUCCUUGAGUUGCCUCCUCGGACGGUUCACUUUUGGUCAAAUUGCUCUUUUUUAUCUCACAGGUGAUGAUUGUAAAUUAAACUUAGACAAGACGUGUGUAAUCUCAUUAGAUUGAACACUGGAACAUUUGGCAGGACAAUUGUCCCGUUGUUUUUUCCUCUGGGGUUUUCCUCCGAGGUUUUCCACGUAAAAUUUGGUGUCUCGCUUUCCUUUUUUUUUUUUUUUUGGUUACAAAUAUUGUUUAGAUAAAUCAGUGAACAAAAGAA